AUGGGCCCGAUCCGCCGGGCUCUCUGCCUCCUCGGCCUGCUGGCCCUGGGCUGCUCGUGGGCUGCGCCGCUGCAGGGCAACAGCCCCGUGGUCAUCUCCUUCCCCGGGGAGAUGGUCAGCCAGAUGUCGGACUGGGAGCGAGCCCACCGCUACCUGGAACGCUACGGCUACCUGAACGAGCCCGGCUCCGGCGUGGACGGCAAGCAGCGGAAGCUGGACUAUUUCCUCAAGAAGAUGCAGAAGCAGCUGGGCUUGCCAGAGACCGGGGAGCUGGACGCCCCCACCCUGGACGCCCUCCGGGCUCCCCGCUGCGGAGUCCCAGAUGUGGGCUCGUUCCAGACGUUCCAGGGAGACCUCAAGUGGGACCACACUGACCUCACGUACCGCGUGGUGAAUUACUCACCCGACCUGGACACGUCCAUCACCGACGACGCCUUUGCCCGAGCCUUCAAGGUGUGGAGCAAUGUGACCCCGCUCACCUUCACCAAGCGGCAGAGCGGCGAGGUGGACAUCCUCAUCCAGUUCGGAACGGGGGAACAUGGCGACGGCUACCCCUUCGACGGCAAGGACGGCCUCCUGGCCCACGCCUUCCCUCCGGGCAAGGACACCUACAGCGGAGACGCCCAUUUCGACGACGAUGAGUUCUGGACAUUGGGCACCGGGAUUGUGGUGAAAAGCUACGGCGGGAACUCCGACGGGGCCACCUGCCACUUCCCCUUCGUCUUCGAGGGACAAGCCUAUUCCACCUGUACGACGGACGGCCGGACGGACGGCGUGCCCUGGUGUGCCACCACCGCCAGCUUCGACCAGGACAAGCGCUACGGCUUCUGCCCCAGUGAACUUCUCUUCACGUACGGAGGGAAUGGCGGGGGUGAGAAGUGCGUCUUCCCCUUCGUCUUCCUGGGCAAGUCCUACGAUGCCUGCACCACCGAGGGGCGCCAGGACGGCUACCGCUGGUGCGCCACCACCGCCAACUUUGACCAAGACAAGAAGUACGGCUUCUGCCCCAACAGAGACACGGCGGUGAUCGGCGGCAACUCCCAGGGCGAGCCGUGCGUCUUCCCCUUCACCUUCCUGGGCCAGCGGUACUCGGCCUGCACCUCCGAGGGGCGCCAGGACGGGCGGCUCUGGUGCGCCACCACCAGCAACUACGACGUGGACAAGAAGUGGGGCCUUUGCCCCGACAAAGGCUACAGCCUCUUCCUGGUGGCCGCGCACGAGUUCGGCCACUCGCUGGGCCUGGAGCACUCCAGCGUGCGCGAGGCCCUCAUGUACCCCAUGUACACCUACGAGGCCGACUUCCACCUCCACCCGGACGACGUGGCCGGCAUCCAGUUCCUCUACGGCAAAGGGUCUGCUCCUGAGCCCACCGUGCCCAGCUGGCCCACCCAAAGCCCCGACGUGCCCGAGGAGCCCACCACGGAAGCGGACGGGAGCACCACCACAGAGGACUACGGCUCCGCGGCCACGGGGAGCACCCCCGUGGACCACCCCACGGAUGCCUGCAGUGCGGGCUGGUACAACGCCGUGGCGGAGAUCAAGACGGAGCUGUACCUCUUCAAGGACGGGCAAUACUGGCGGAAGCCGUCCGCCGGAGCCGCUCGCAUCCAGGGGCCGCUGCGGAUACGGGACACCUGGCCGGCUCUCCCGGACCUGAUUGACGCGGCCUUCCAGGACCCGCUGACGAAGAAGCUGUUCUUCUUCUCCGGCCGGCGCUUCUGGACAUACCGCGGGACGAGAGCCUUGGGCCCCCGCAGCAUUGAGAAGCUGGGCAUCGGCGGAGACGUGCAGAAGGUCACGGGCGCCCUGCGGAGGAAGAACGGGAAAGUGCUGCUGUUCAGCGGGGAGCAGUUCUGGAGGCUGGAUGUGAAGGCGGAGCGGGUGGACCGGGGGUACCCGCGGCACACAGACAGCCUCUUUGCCGGGGUCCCUCUCGACGCGCAGAACAUCUUCCUGUACAAAGGCAAAUACUACUUCUGCCGGGACCCCUUCUGCUGGCGAAUGACCCCACAGUACCAAGUGGACAAGGUGGGCUACCUGAAGUAUGACGUCCUGCAGUGUCCCGAGCAGUAGGGCCCGCUGGGCACCAUCGGGCCACCUGCGCCGGCCACCUCGCUCCGAGCAGGGCUGGCCACCCCGCCCCGAGGCGCCACCAGCCCGAGCAAGGGGCCCGCCCCACGGGGCCGAGCCGGCCGUCCGACUGUGGCCCGGCCAUCUGCGGGGCGUGCUGCGAGGACCCCCGGACCAGCAGGGAGGAGGAGGCCCCGCCACGCACGGCCGGGUCCCUGCAGCUGCCGACGCCACGCCAGGCCACGCCGUGCCUCCGCCGGCGCCACGUUCUGCUCGCGAGGCGGCUCUCACGUGUUGCGCACGCGUGUAAUAAAUUGGAUCCCGGCCCA